AUGGCGGGGUCCGCGCCCCUUGCUGUCCCCGGGGGCCGCGCGCGCAUCGGUGCUGUGAUGCCCGGCACGCGCCCCCGGGGCUUCGCCAUCACUGAUCUGCUGGGCCUGGAGGCCGAGCCGCCCGCGGGGCCGGGGCCGGGGACUGGACUCGGGUGUCCCAGCGCUGCGCUCCCGCCUGGCGUCCCGCGCGCCUUCUCGGACCCGCCGCCCGAGCCAGGCCGCCCGCAGCGCAGCGACAGCGACUCCGCGUCCGAUGACGACAGUCUUUCUGAAGACAGGAGUGACCUGAAGGUGUCCCCUGGCCUGGGCAAGCGGAAGAAGCGGCGGCACAGGACAGUCUUUACUGCUCAGCAGCUGGAGGAGCUGGAGAAGGCCUUUGGAGAGGCCCACUACCCCGAUGUGUAUGCCCGGGAAAUGCUGGCCCUGAAAACCCAGCUCCCUGAAGACCGGAUACAGGUCUGGUUCCAGAACCGCAGGGCGAAGUGGCGCAAGCGGGAGAAGCGCUGGGGCGGCAGCAGCCUGAUGGCUGAGUACGGGUUGUAUGGGGCACUGGUGCGGCACUGCCUCCCGCUGCCCGGCGCGGUGCUCAGCACGGCCCAGGGCGGCCCGAGGGGCUGCUGUGCACCCUGGCUGCUGGGUAUGCAUAAAAAGUCCUUGGAGAUGAUAAAGAAACCAGCAAGUGAGAGCAAGCUGGCAGGACUCUGGACCUCUGAUCGCCUUCACAAUAGUCCCCAAGGAGGUUCCGACACAAUGGGACCUGAGAACUCAGACGUGGCCAUGGAUCUGUCCAGCUCUGCCCGGCAGGAGACCCGGCAGGAGACCCGGCAGACGCAGCAAGGGUCUGAGGUUCAAGGACGCUCCAAUCCUGAGGGUGUCCAGGGGUUCCAGCCAGGGAUGGUGGGAGCCUUAUGAGACCACAGAUCCCACCUACAAAGACUGUAAAACAUUGGAUUUUUUAAAAGGCAAAAGUGGUCCAGGACAAAUACCCUUAGUUUAAUUUUCUUCUUAUGAUGUCAGAAUAAAUUACAGUGCUGACUCCUGUGAGAAGACAGAUGGAUAACUUGGGGACAAUUAUACUUCGUUCUAGAACAGAAACCGUCCCAGAGGCAAUAGCGCCAGCUGAUCUGGGGUAAAAUCUGAUUCCGCUUCAUAGAACCCCAGAGGGAGGACCUGAAGUUCAGAAUGUGAUCACAGUUGGUGGCACUUGAGAUGAGGCUCAGUGUUCUGUGUGGAUUAGCAGGGCAGGUUUGCUGUCCUCACUCUGAUUUAAGAAAUGUAAGUUCUUUAACUUCCAGUGAAAUCAGUAUCUUUACAUGGCGGUUCCAUGCAGACACGAGUGUGAAUUUUAGUGUCUUCUCCUUGAGCUUGAGCUUGACCUUGGAUGUUUCAGCUUGGGGUCUGGUAGUGAUUGUGUUCUGAGUGCCCUUGGGUAGGUAUGCGUGUUGGAGCUUAUAUUCAGCGAAGAAAGCCUCCUCCCCAGCACGUUUAAACCGGUGAGGGAAGGUCAGGCUGUUUGAAUGCACUUUAGUGACUUGAAUUUCAUGAAUGUUUCCUUUCCCGCAUUUCUUUUGCCUCUUAUUUGUUAUUUAAAAAUAAACAUUGUGUGCUUGCUCUGCAAGGCCCUCCUUCCUUACACCUGCACCUCCAUAAGCUCCAGUUGCCUGAGGUGCUCCCUCCUGUCCCUUUCUUGUCUGUGGCAUCUGCAGCACCUGUCCUCUGUGGCACUCACCAGGAGUUGUUCUUUAAAUGCCUAGGGAGUGGCUGUGCCUGGCUUGCCUUGUCGAGCUCAGAGGUCAAGCUAAGUGGGAAGACGGGGCAUGUGGGAGGCUGGGCAUUCCGGGUGUGAGACCACCACAGCCUCUUUUUUGUUCUAUUUUGAUCAUUCUGAGCCAGUCACGUGCUGUUGUGGACGUUCAGUGUCACCAAUUCCUACCGCAGGGACAGUGAGUCCAUGUGCUUUAUCUCCUUUGGCUCCUGGAGGCCACGCUGAGCAAAGCUAGAGCCUCAGAUGAGUGAGUGGUGCGGACCAGAGUCUCCUUCCACCUUCUUGCCAGGAAGCCCUGGGCGUCUCUUCAUCCCUGGGUCCCGCUCGGCCUUUCAAGCUCUUCCCUGAGAUCCUCCUGGGCCUGGGCUUGCGGCAGGAACGACUCACACUCAGCCACUCACCGAGCGAAGUCCUGCGCAGCCACAGAACGUGGUAACAGCGAGG